CUUUCUAAACAGUAUGGCGAACCUCGAGCAUGCUGAAGAUGACCCAAAACAUGUGAAAAUGUCCGGCGAAGUCUCCACCGCCGGUGUUCCAGACCCACCGGCCGAAGUGUCCUCUGGACCGGACAGAGACGCGGGCGCGGUCCUGUCCUCCAUCCCGUCGUUCGCGGCCGCCUCCGAGCUGUUGUUAGCGCCGUACUCGUGUCUGGUCAUGAACACGCACCGGAGACACCUCUGCCUGCCGCCCAUGUACCUGAACAAGAAGAAGACAGGUAUACAGGAAGAGCUGGGAGCUGAGCUGCUCAAGUUCUCCCAGAGUCUAAAGGGGGUGCCUUUGGCUUAUGACAACAUCAGGAUAGUGGGCCAGCAUGGACACAUCUACGACGACAGCGGCUACAUCCACAUGAACAUAGAGGCCAGCUUUAUUGUCUUCCAGCCCAAAAAAGGACAGAAAGUGCUGGGAAAGGUGAAUAAACUUGGAGUAAACCAUGUGGGCUGCCUGGUGCACGGUUGCUUCAACGCCAGCAUCCCCAAGCCCAACUUGGUGUCCGUGGAAACCUGGCGGGAUGCAGGGCCGAGAAUCGGAGCAGAGUUGGAGUUUGAGGUGACUUCACUCGACGCUGACACUGUCGGGGUGCUGCUCAUCAGAGGACGACUGGACAGGACCAGGGUGCAGGAGCUGCUGGCUAUAGGGGAGAGCUCAGAGUCCGGCAUCACCACAGACCAGCCAGGACCACCAGGAACUGAACUGAAUCCAGAGCUAAAUCCAGAACCCACAGAUGAGUCUUCUAUUGACACCCCCAAGAAAAAGAAGAAAAAGAAGAAAGACAAAAUGAAAGAGGAGGAGGCAGAAAUGGAGGUCAGCAGCACACUUUGCUGCCAACUGGAUGGCAACACACCAGAGCUGAACGGAACAACAGAUGAAGCAAAUGGCAACGAGGCUGGCGAGAAAAAGAAGAAGAAAAAGAAAAAAGAAAAACACCCGAAGGAAGAGGAUGAAGAGGUUGAGGUCUCCCACACGGAGGUCCACGGCAGUGACUCCAGCGGUUACCUUAGUGAUAAGCCAAGCAAAAAGAGGAAACAUGAAACUGGUACAGAUGUGACAUCUAGUUUUAGUGAAGAGCCUGAACCAACAAAGUCCAAGAAGAAGAGGAAAAGUGGCAUUGAGCAGUUUGCCUGAAAAAAAGAUUGAUUGUUUCUGUUUGGAAAUCAGUUUAAUUGUUUAUAAUAAUUGAGUAAAAUAGUGAUGUGCCUUAACAGUUAGACGCAUUAUUUAGCAAGCAAGAGUUCUGGUGGGCUCUGCUGAGAGGGUCAGACUUGCAGAAGGAACUUUUCUGCAGUUACAUUUUGCAGCUUGUGGGAAAAACACAAGAGGAUAGAGGCAGAUUUGCCAGAUCGGUCUUCGUUGGAUUGCAGUUCCUUCAUUCGGCCUGAUGGGGGAGCAAAAUUGCUUCAUACAUCCACACCAGGACAUGAAAACACAGGUUUCACUCCUGACAUGUCAUCUGUUAAAACAUGGUGCUGCGAGUAAAUUGGCCAGGUUUUAGCUUUGAAUUUAUGGAGCCAAAUGGGAAAAAACAAACUGAUAUUAAGUCUCUGUACCUACUUCGGUACAUUUUCUCCUGUGUGGAUACUAAAGAAGGAAUGUUAGACAACCGAGACAGCCAAGCUCACUUUAAGAAACUUCUCUUAUCUCUUGCCUCCUGUGCCUCUGUGCAGUCUUUUAAAGAGUUGUCUUGAAUGAUACCUGCACCGGAUGGAGAACGUUUUUUUACUACCAAAUAUUUGCAGUAUUCGCUCAGCAUCCUUGAAAUGCAUCAUCCAGUCUUCAGUCAUUUGUGCUGGUUCACUGUUUUCCCUCAGUGUUGCGUUGGUAGUUUUACAUGAAGGUGUGUUGUCUGUCUUCAGUUGAAAACCAGCAGAAAUGGAAAUUUAAUAGUGAGUUCUCAUCCCAAUUAAAGAGCUCUAUAUUUUUGAAAUGUU